AUGUGCAGAGUAGAAGAGCGCAUCUACAUCACCGCGGAAGGCCAUCGUUCGAAAUUCGAAGAGGCCUUCCCGUGUGAGAAAGCUCGCAAAAACAGACUAUGCGCGAAUGUGCGUACGAGGACUACCGAGUACUAUCCAAAGAGAGGUACCAACCUAAGGGACAGCACGCCGUCUCCAAUCGGCCCACCUACACCAACCGGAUCAGGGUCGUAUAUUGUGCAGCCGCGUAGACCCUCAUCGUCUGGAGGAGAACGGCCAUCCACACGCGACGGGCCUAAGAUCAAACCGGAAAUCAUUAUCAACUUCAGUGGCCAGAACAAAAAGGGCAAGAGAUAUGUCCACGUGUCCACAGGUUCAUACAAGCGGAGCUCCGAUGAGAUAGCUAUCGAGUCUCCUGACUCAGACGCUUCUCACACCAUCCGCACUGGCUAUCCAGAAGCUUUAUUGCCACCACAAGCCACUAUCUACGGUCAUCCCGAUGUCUAUGGCACAGCGCCAACACAUGGCUACCAUCAUCGCCACACAUCUUCGACCGCCUCCUAUACGGGCUCUAGUCAAACACCCUCCCUGUUGGUUACUUCAGAUGUUGACUAUGACUCACCGACUACCACGCGAGCUGCACGAUUACAACCCGCCAUACAUUACUCGUCUGCUACUAGUGCUCCUCUCUCUCCAAGCAGAUCCCGCAAUCAUGAACGGGCAUCGUCGAACGAUUACAAUUUGUCAGUCGUUACCCCACGUGACGACUACUACGACCUUGCGGAUCGGUCGGCAUCUUCGCAUGCUAGCUCCGGCGCAUCCGGUAGCUCACGACGAAGGAAGGAUCAUGAUGCAGCGCGGAAGCGCAAAGAAGAGGAAGAAGAGAACGUCAAGCAGGUUCGCUUUGACCUUGGUCGAACGGAGGCUCGUGCCAACGAGAGGGCAGAGUCUCAGCUGGCUGAGAAGGAGAAGGACCGCGCUGUCGCCAGAGAAGAGGCUCGUCGCCACAAGAAGAAGGACCAUGAAGCAGAAACAACCAAGGCCCGUAAGAAGGAGGAGGCAAAACCUGCACCAAGUACUAGCAGCAUGAAGGCGCACACUGGAUCUCGCAAAGGCUCUGUCUCGAUGACCCCCUCCCAACAAAAAGAACAGCGGCGCCUUCUCGCAGCUGAGCUCGACCACAUGCAGGUCGAGAGUAGAGCAGCAGAAGAGCGCGAGCGAGAAGAAAGAGCUACAUCAUUGCGCCAACAGCAACAAGAUCCCAGCUACUACAACCCUCGCGCUGGGCCUAUGCCGAACAGCGCUUCUACUAUGACUCGUCAUAACUCAACGUCGCGACGAGACAGCUUCACGUCUGAGACUCGACCGGUCAUGGGUCGCUCGAACAGUCGGCGUACAAGCAUCAGUCAAUCCAAACCGCCAAUGAUCAACACCCAGGUGGCGCCUAGCUACACGCAACCACCCAGCACGCGUGUACAUGCACCACCACCAGUCUCGUUUCCGGCCAACUUCAACACUCGCCCGACAUCCGCCCGUCGCUCUUCGUUGUCAUCACAAGAGAACCCUUUCCUUGCGCAAACUCGCCCUCCUGGCGCAAGCCUCGAGAACCCAUUUGCAACCACACCUUCGGUCAUGUCACCAACGAUACACCAGGACCCUUGGGAUGCGCGCAACGUCCGCGAGGCCCUACCGACGCUACGUCAAUCUGCUGAUACACGCUACUCCAGCAGUUCGGGUGGGCACACUGCUGCUCGUGAAGCUUCUCGAGCCAUGGCAAGAGCUACAAGUGCAAGGGAUGACUACGCAGCCGAAUCCGACGACGAUAUGACGCAUGGCCACACUCGUAGACGACGCUGA